ACACAUCACAGCUCUGUGUUGUUGCGUUCACAACCGAGUGCAUCACACCGAUCUUUGAGAGAUGGAUAAUCUUAUUAAGCAGCUCCAAAUGAGCGUCUCAAGUGAAAACGUCGACAGGAAUUUUAUUGAAAAAUGCAUCGAAAUGAAUCCCUGUCGCCGGAUGCUUCACGAAGUGCUACUUGAAAGAAAAGACAUUUUACGCUCUCGGAUGAACUUGGUUGCGUUGUAUGAUACAGAUGAACAAUCCUCCGAAAUUGAGGAAAUUCUCGCUCAAUUCGAAAAUCCUACAUUUCCGUUGGAAGAGGUCAACACUGAGAAAGACGAGGAAUGGCAACCCUUAGAAAGGAAAUAUUUGGACGGAAUUAACCGUAUAAAAGAAGACACUAUCAUGAAACAAAUUCAACUGGACAAGGAUAUGGAAAAAGCCCUGACUAAUAGCGAAGAAGUACUCAGAAAUCAUCGCGAUUUUAGACCGAUCGACGAAAAGGAUUUCUCUAACAUUCGGCAAAGCAUUUCCAAAAGGUUCGAGCAUUCGAAAAAUAACAUUCGCGGGGAGGCAGCAACUAAAAUUCUAGUUCUCCGGAGGGAGAUCGAGCAGCAGGGACGCAAGCGCCGGAACUUUGACAAAAACACGACGGACAUUUUGCAAAACUGGUUCCACGAUCAUCGUCAAAAUCCUUACCCGUCCGACCAGGAAAAGGCGGAAUUAGCAAAACAGUGUAAUAUCAAAAUUUCACAGGUUAACAAUUGGUUUGGAAAUCAACGAAUUCGGACAAAACAACAAGCUUUGCGUAUGCAAGAAGAUGAACGUGAAAGAGCUGCAUCAAUGGCUAACGAAGCACAAGCAAUUCAGAAUUCUUUGAACAGUUCUACGGUUGCAUCUUCGUCGAAUAUGAGCACAUCGGGGCUCAUUAACAUUCCGCUGGUUAACCCAACAAUGCAAUCAAUGGUAAUUCCUGCAGUGCAACCAGGCCUACUUGGCAAUCCAAACGCGUUUCUCCAUCAGCCACACUAUUUUACUGCCGGAGGACAAAUGUCACUCAAUGAUAAUGGAAAUGGACAGCAAUUCUUCACAGAUUAUGAGACCUUUGGACUUGCACAAUCGGAUACAGAGUCGUUCAAUCAAAUGGGAUAUCUAGGAUGAUCUACUUUGAUUGAGAAAUUAAAUGUUGAAUUCGAAAUUCGUUGUGUUUCAUAAUUCAUCUUUUCAAAGCUUUCCUUCAUUUUCAUGUUUAUCUUUAGUUUUGCUAAAAGCCAAGUUUUAUAUUUUGAAAAAAUAUUUAUCUGGUUCAUUAAUAUAUAAUACAAUCUGAAUAAAUAAUUGCACAAUG